AUGAGUGACUAUAUCAUAGCAAUAGACUUUGGCACUGCAUAUAGUGGAUAUGUCUUCAAUCUCACACCUAAAGAUGCUGAACUUGAUCCCUAUUUAAGGAGGUGGGGAAAGGAACUUGGACUGGAUACUGCAAAGACUCCAACCUGUGUUCUGUUCAGUGAAGACAAAGAAUUUCUGAAGUUUGGUUAUGAGGCCAGAAAAGCGUAUAUCAAGCUGCGAGGGGAAGAAGCAAAGAAACUCUACUUCUUUGAAAACUUCAAGAUGGCCCUUUAUGACAAUAAACUCAACAGAGAUGUAAUGAUUGAAGGUGCAAAUGGGAAAUCAAUGAGGGCUUUCGCUGUGUUCUCAGAAGCUCUGAGAUACCUGAAGGAAGACGCACUGAAAACUAUUGCAAAAAAGACAGAGGGGAGGAAGUUCAUAGCUUCUGAGUUUACCUGGGUACUGACUGUACCUGCCAUCUGGGAUUCUUCAGCAAAGCAGUUCAUGAGAGAAGCUGCGACUCAGGCAGGAAUUGUGAAGGAAGAAAAUGAAGAAAAGCUGAUCAUUGCACUGGAACCAGAGGCAGCCUCAGUCUGGUGUAUGAAGUUGCCAGCUGAUGGCUUCAUCACACGGAACCAUGAUGGCGGAUCACUGGAUCAGUCUCCAGGAACACAGUUCAUGGUGGUGGACUGUGGAGGUGGAACCAUCGACAUCACUGUUCAUGAAGUCCUGGAUGGAGGAGCCCUGAUGGAGCUGCACAAGGCCUCAGGAAAUGAUUUGGGAGGACAAACUGUGGACAGAAAAUUCAAAGAGUUCCUCAGAGAAAUCUUCAGUUGUGGUGUCUGGGAUGAAUAUGAAGCAAACUUUCCCAGUGAGGUUCAGAAAAUGAUGUAUGAAUUUGUUUAUUUCAAACAGGUAGAUGAUGAUAUUCAGAUGUCCUGUCCAUUUAACCUGGGAACACUGGCUCAGAGAAGGCAGGAAAUAGAAAAGUUCUUUGAAUCAGUGCAAGGUGCUUCCUGGGAUGAGGGAGCAAUCAGAAUCUCCAGAGAGAGACUGAGGUCUUUCUUUGCUGAGAGUCUUGAGGGGAUUAAGAACAGCCUAGGAGUAAUCCUGGAGAAACAUCUAAACAUUGAGUACAUUCUGUUAGUGGGGGGCUACGCUGAAAGUCAGAUUCUACAUCAACAUGUUAUUGAACAGUUUGGUGAUCAGUGUAAAGUUUUGUGUCCUUUUAGGUCCCAAGAAGCGAUCUUAAGGGGAGCUGUGAUGUUUGGAAAAUCCUUAGGGCUAGUGGCAUCUCGAAAAAGUCCAUUUACUUAUGGGGUUUCUGUUAUUGAAGGUUUUGAUGACUCCAAACACAAGAAGGAAAAGAAAAUUAUAGUUGAUGCAGGUGAGUUCUGUUGUGAUAUUUUCAAGAAAGUGGUGGAAGAAGGGGAAGAUGUUGGCUGGAAUGAAACCAGACAGCACAUCUUAUUCCCAGCAGAUCCAUUUCAGAUGAGAGCGACCAUAACAUUUUAUUGCUCAGAAAGCAAAGAUCCAAAAUAUGUAGAUGAUAUUGGAGUUCAGAAAGUUGCGUCAUUUGAUGUCAGAAUGCAUGCUUCUUCAGGAGGAAUGAAUCGUAAAGUGAAACUGGAAAUCAAGUUUGGCUUCACAGAGAUAACAGCCACAGGCACUGACUUGGUGUCUGGGUUGAAACAGUCAGUCACCAUAGACUUCAUGAGCAAAGCACAAAGAUCUGUUAAAACCAUCCAGAAUACAGUGGUAGAAGAAAUGAAGGACAGCAGUGAGUAA